AGUAAACGAAGGGGGUAGUAGGUAACGUCCUCCAAUGCUCCGGGAUUUAACCAUGCACCGCCUCCUGCCGUGCAUUGCUCGCGUUCCCCACGUCUUUCCCAACGCGAGCAAGGAGGCUCAAAAGCUCUGGGAGCAGCGUCCUCCGGGCACGCCAGGCGGCAGCGAAACGUGACCGCACUUGCAGCCGCCUCUGUUGCUUGCGGGGGGUGGGGUCGGGAAUGGGAGCCGCAUUUAAGCAAGCGGCGCCCAGCCCCAACUCGCAGUGUAACUCUCCCAGCACCCGCCGACGCUCCUCCCGGACUCCGAUUAGCAGGUUUGUUAGUCGCCGACCUUUGCUUUCUUUCGCCGCGGCCGCUGUUGCAAUGGCGGGUGUCAGCAGGCCUUUGUCGGGGCAGGUAUGCGUGGUGACCGGCGCCUCCCGGGGCAUUGGCAAAGGCAUCGCGCUACAGCUCUCAGAGGCGGGCGCCACCGUGUAUAUCACGGCGCGACACAGGGAGGCUCUGGAAAAAGUGGCGGCCGAGGUGCAAGGCCGAGGCGGGCGGUGCGUGCCGGUGGUGUGCGACUCUUCCCAGGAGGAAGAAGUGGCGGCGCUGUUCGAGCGCAUCAGGAAGGAGCAGGCCGGCCGCCUGGACGUCUUGGUCAACAAUGCCUUCUCCGGGGUAAGCGCCAUCACCCAGGAGAUAGGCACGCCCUUUUGGGAGAGCCCCACCACUCUCUGGGACCACAUCAACAACGCAGGCCUGAGGGGCCACUACAUCUGUGCAGUCUAUGCUUCCCGCCUCAUGGUGCCCGCUGGGCGCGGGCUCAUCGUCAUCAUCUCCUCACCUGGUGGGAUGCGGUACAUGUUCGACGUCCCGUAUGGGGUGGGCAAAGCCGCCUGUGACCGCAUGGCUGCAGACUGUGCCGUUGAGCUGCAUCCCUUUGGUGUGGCCUGCGUGGCACUGUGGCCUGGCCUGGUCCGCACCGAAAGCCUUCUGAAGGAAGCCGAACAUAACACUGGGCCCUGGUUCGAGACGCUGAAGGAGAAGAUGGCCAUAGCGGAGAGCACUGAAGUGAGUGGGAAGUGUGUAGUUGGCUUGGCCUCGGACCCCCAAAUCAUGUCCCACAGCGGCAAGGUGCUGCUCACUCCAGAUCUCGCCCGCCGCUAUCAUUUCAAGGAUGUGGAUGGGAAGGAUGUCUUCAACUACAUAUCGAUCCGCGAAGUCCUUACUGAAAUGAUGCCCAAAUUGUCGGGCUUAUUUCGCCUCAUUCCUCAGUUCCUCUCAGUGCCGAAGUGGGUUCUUGCCCUCUAUUCUAGCAAGUUCACGAUAUACCCGCCUAUUCCGCCAGCUAAUCCUAAAUCAGUCAAAAAAGCCUGAAUAUAAAUAGAGCAGGGUCGAGGGUACGUCUUGCAUAACAUCUUCUGAUUUUUUCGAAAUUCUGUUUGGGGCUUAAAACUUUCCUGACUGGUGAAUGGCUUAACUCUUGGUUUUACUUAUUUCAGUGAGUGAUAGUUUGAAACAAAGGAUUACUGCAGGUGUGAUUCCUGAGCCUUGGGAAUCCAGUUCCUCUUUCUGAAAUACUUUCUCUCUUCAUGUAUGCCUUCAGAGCUGUGAAACUAUUUUCUCUUAAGUAUGUGUUCAGUUAUUAGCUCAAGUUUUUAAGCUUUUGGGUGCAUCUUUAAUUUUUUCUGUAUUCCAGAUAUGGCAAACCUGGCUGAUGCUAACUACCCUCUUAAUAAAUAUAUUUGCUUUCACAGUU